AUGAUGCGACUAUCCGAUCCCGUCCAACCAACUCUAUGCGAUGCGCCCUCUCUCGCCAGGAUCCUCUCGACUUCCAUCGACGACAAAAAUGAGGGCAAGGUGACCACGCCGUCGGAAGAGGAGACCAAAAAACAACUCGCCUUUCUGACGACGAUGUUCGAGCGUGAUCUCACACAUCCUUACCGACGGUACUGGGUCAUCCGUGAUCUGGAAUCUGGUGAUUCUGUUAGUUUCAUCAGUUGGGCUCUCCCGGUCACCGAGGAGAAGGAGGAGCGGGUUCGCGAGGAGCGCAGAAAAACACUCCCGCCCGUGGAUGCCCCCGAGGGCCCGCCAAGUUACAUGAACGAUUUGAUGCCGAAGAUCGAGGAAAUGAGGAGGGGAAUUCUGGGUGUCCCGAGGUGGUUGAAUUGGUACUGUGGAAAUCUUGCGACCGACCCCAAAUACCAGAGACACGGCGCAGCAUCGAAACUGAUCCGGACUCCGUUCGAGGAGGCUGAUCGAGAGGGCGUUGCUUGUUAUUUGGACACCGACUUGCAUGGCCCUGCGAUCGAGCUAUACAAACGAAACGGUUUUAAGCAAGUUGGCGAGGGAGUAUCGAUUGGCAUGGAGCCGUACGGUGGUCAGGGCAUUCAUACCCAUGUUGGCUUAAUCCGGGAGCCUAAGAAAAAUGCGUAAUUAGUCUUGAAAUAUUCUAAAUGGUAUAAAUUGAUCUUCGGUCUUUUGAGGAGGGAGAAUCAAUUGAGCAAAACCUAUUACGCGGUGAAGAAUCCGUAGACAGAGCUGAGUUACAACAAGAACGGCCUUUGUAGCUCAGUGGUAGAGCGCUUCACUCGUAUACCGGUCAUGAAGAGGUCCGCG